AUGUCGGUCCCAACAGCAACGUCGCUGCGCGACAUUUACCCCGAAGACGCCGUUCCAGUAGAGACCAAGCGAUGGGAGAAGCUCCUCGCGAAGUUCAAAGAGGUCCAUGGCAGGCAGGCUGAGUUUGUCGCGCGCAGUCCUGGACGAGUAAACAUCAUUGGAGAGCACAUUGACUACUCUCUGUACGAAGUGCUACCCAUGGCUAUCACUGCCGACUUUAUCAUGGCAGUAGCCGUUCGACCCUCAGACGAGAAGCCCCGGGUGCGGAUCGCCAACCUGAACUCGGAGAAAUUUCCCACCCGAGAGUUCGAGAUUCCUGAAGGAGAGGUCACCAUUGACGCCACUGAGCACGAGUGGACCAACUACUUCAAGUCCGGCCUGAAGGGUGUGUCAGAGCUUCUUCAGAAGAAGCGUGGCAAGUUUCAGUCUGUCGGUAUGGACAUUGUCUGCGAUGGCACAGUGCCCAGUGGUGGUGGCCUUUCCAGCUCCGCGUCGGUGGUCUGCACGAGUGCGCUGGCAGUAUUGGCUGCGAACGGCGAGGACAAAGUCGACAAGAAGGAACUUUGCGAACUUGCCAUUGUGUCGGAGCGUGCCGUCGGUGUCAACUCUGGAGGCAUGGACCAGGCUGCUUCUGUCUUCUCCCUCCGUGGCUCUGCCCUCUACGUCUCGUUCAAGCCCAGCCUCGACUACACAACCAUCGAAUUCCCCACAACAGAACCCGAACUUACCUUCGUCAUCGCCCAGAGCUUCGUUGCGGCUGACAAGCACGUCACAGCGCCAGUAUGCUACAACCUGCGCGUGGUUGAAUGCUCACUUGCCGCCGCCUUCUUGGCUAAGGCUUUCGGCCUGAAGAAGGAGCUGCCGACCGAUUCCUCUCCUCUAGGCGUGAGCCUGCGCGGCUUCCACGACACAUAUUUCGAGGAGAAGGAGGGUGUGGCAGACAACACCAAGACCUCCGUUGCAGACUUUGAGACGCAACUGCACAAGCUCGUGCAGCACACCGAAGACUACCUCACACAAGAAGAAGGCUACACAAGAUCCGAUAUCUGCGCCCUGCUUGGUGUCUCAGAGGACGACCUUAACCAGCGCUACAUGUCCAAGUUCCCCGUCCGCACAGAGAAGUUCAUGCUCCGCCAGCGCGCGCUGCACGUUUUCACAGAAGCUCUCCGCGUCAUCAAGUUCCGCUCUCUCCUCUCCAGCCCUCCCUCCACAGACCAGGCAUACCUCCAAUCCCUCGGUGACCUCAUGAACACAACCCAAGACUCGUGCCGCGAUAUUUACGACUGCAGUUGCCCCGAGCUCGACGAGCUGUGCCAGUUGGCGCGCGCAGCUGGCUCCACCGGAAGCCGACUCACAGGUGCCGGGUGGGGCGGGUGCAGCGUGCAUCUCGUGCCAAAGGACAAAGUCGAGGCUGUCAAGAAGGCGUGGGAGGAGAAGUACUACAAGAAGCAUUUCCCAGACAUCACAGACGAGAAGCUCGCGCAGGCUGUUGUCGUCAGCAAGCCGGGCAGCGGCAGCAUGAUCCUGAAGGUCACUGGUGACUCGGUUGUUUAA